AUGCCCGGGCACGAUGCUUUUACUCUGACUAUAUUCCUUUCCUCUGUGCUGAAACAGGUAAGGAAGCCUUUGAGAUCUGUGCAUUGCCUUCUUUGUGACUCAUGUGUAGCCAGAUAUGAUCAGCAUUCUCUGUGGAUUGCACAGUGCAUAGGUGUUGGGAACCAUCAUUACUACCUGUUGUUCCUGUUUUUCUUAACUGUGACCAGUGUCUGGCUGCUUUAUCGAAGUCUGCUGUAUUGGUCAAACCACUGCAUAACAAGUUACCAUGCAGAUGGAGCAUGGACGUACUUCACGCAGAUAACGUCUUGUUCUCCAUGGCUGUCCUACAUCUUCAUGCUAGCCUGCUUCCAUGCUGUAUGGGCUUCAUUGUGGCUAACUAUGCAGCUUUACCAGAUUGCAUUCUUGGGACUGACCUCACAUGAGAGAAUGAACCUCCUGAUGGAGAGCAAAUCUUCUAAGCAUCCUAUUUCACUCAGGAGAAAUCCAUACAAUCUUGGAUGCUUCCAGAAUCUUGCAGACUUCUUUCAGUGCAGAUGUUUUGGUAUGGUGAAAGCCAGCGGAGUUGACUGGACCAAGCAAUACAACGGUCAUGUGAUAAAGAAGAAAAAUGUUCAUUGUGUAUGAAUUCUUACUUGAUUUUUUAAAGCUGCUGAGCUGAGCAAGAAAUAAAAUGGGAUGUUUUGUUAAUUUUUAUAUUCUUCCAAAAUCUGCUUGUUUUUAUUAUUUUAUUGUUCUAAAUAUUCAAACUCUCUUGUGGAAGGGACAGCAGAUGUGGAUAUGAAACAAUUACUGUGUCUCUUUAUAUAUAGGAUGAGCUGACACUUCUUGAAAUUUUAUUUGAGAAGAUGACACUAAAUAGACUUUCUAAAAGGGUGGUUUUUAGGGCAGAAUUUGAAAGCUUUGUUAGUACCCUUUGUAUUAUUUUGCAAAUAAUAAAAUUGCAUUUGAAACCUGAA